UAUAAAUUUUCAGAACAAUGAUACCGGAUGAAAAUUUAAUAUGGUGCCCAGAACAAUUGAUGACAGCCAUAUUAGCACAUGUUCAUUAUCUGCCCUCUCAUUGGAAACACAAGGCCCAUACUGCUGCUGUGAGAAAAGAAUUUGAAAAUUUGUUCCAAUUCAAGGCGGGAUAUCUGCUGAACGAAAUUUUUAGCCCUCUUAUGACACCAUUCAUUUUGAUGUUUGUAUUCCGACCAAGAGCUUUGGAGCUGGUGAAAUUCUUUAGAAGUUUUACAGUCAGUGUAAAAGGUGUUGGAAACGUGUGCUCAUUUGCUCAAAUGGAUGUGCGAAAACACGGUAGUCCAGAUUGGCAGCUUCCUAAACCUAACACAAAACAAAAACGAAAACUGGAUGAACAAGACAGAACUGCCAAGAAUGAAGUUGACAAUGGAAAAAUUGAACUUUCAUUAAUUCGGUUUACUUUGACCAAUCCGGAAUGGAAAGUUCCACCCGAUGCUGUUAAUUUUUUAAAUGAAAUCAGAGAACAUGCUGCGGAGGACCUGCGAAACGCUAUGGAAAACGAAACGGAAAGCAAGCCCAACCCCAUAACGGAAAGUUUAAUUUCGUUUGGGACAAUUGAUGCUGAGUACUCUUCGUUGGCAAGUUCUGUGUUUCAUGCUCAUAAUGUCCAAAGGGCUGAAUUAUUGACAUCUUCGAUAAAGCAUUAUUUUAAACCGGAUAAAUCGCAAUACAAAAAACUGCAUGCCACACAAAAUAUUCCUCAAACCAGUGGCUUUGAGCAAAUGCUCCAGCAAAGCCUUGGCGAGCAAGAAGCAAAUAUGCUGCGGUUGCAGACUUCGUGUCUUAGUUCGUUAGAAAAUAUGCGUAAAUUGCGUAUUAGCAAGGUAGAGGGACGUUUGCAAGGACCAUCAGAAGCACUGUUAUAUAACUUAUAUGGAAUCGAUACUAAAGUUUCGAAUCCCAUUGACAUCACAGUGGCAGAUAUGUGCCUAAGCACUCUAUACUUGCACGAAAUACAUAAAAAAAAUAUCACCCCCAAAGCAGAAAAUACUCUGGAUCAAGAGGCAGGACCUAGUACUUCAAAGCAAACAAUUAUCGUUUCAAGAGCAGCUGAAGACACCCCACUCCUCGGUAAUAUACGUUCAUAGCAGGAAGAACAUUGGAUAUAAGUAUAAAUUAAGAAUAGAACUACUUUAAAUGGUUUUUUUUUCAAUUCAAUUACAAUGUUCUGAUGUAGAUUAUGUAAAUACAGUUUAUAUAAGUAUUUAAACCACUUUUGUUUUUCUGUAUUU